UCUGUCAAACAAAACUCCUGCAACACUCUAGCACCUACACCCUCUUUAUCUGGUAAUAAUAGUACGGUGCCACACUUGCGGUUGCAUAAAUCAAGUGUCGCGUGUGUUCUAGAGAUCAAUGCUCAGUUCUUCGGCUUCGUUUUUGAGGGUGAGGGAAGCGUGAAUCGAAUGGAAGGGUUUGACAUGCACGGAAACGAGGAGGGUGGGGUGAUGGGGAAGAAGAGGGUGAUGGUGGUGGUUGAUGGAACUUCACAUUCCAAGCAUGCGAUGAUGUGGGCACUUACUCAUGUAACUAAUAAGGGUGAUUCCUUGACUCUUCUUCAUAUCGUACCUCCUCACAAGGGUCCUGAACCUUCUUCUUCCACCUAUCUCGUCAAUUAUCUCGGCUCUCUUUGCAAAGAUUGCAAACCAGGGGUUGAAGUGGAAGCGCUCGUUAUCCAAGGACCAAAACUGGCCACAGUAAUGAGCCAAGUAAAGAAGUUGGAAGUCUCUGUCCUGGUACUGGGCCAAAAGAAGUCAUCUUCUCUUUUAAGUUGUAUAUGUGGAAGCAGCGGAAGCGGUUGUACGGAGGAUUUUGUGAAUCAUUGCAUCAAUAAAGCAGAGUGCUUGACAAUUGGAGUGAGGAAGAGAAGCCAGGGCACAAAUGGAUACUUCAUUAGCACUAGGUGGCAGAAGAACUUCUGGCUUUUGGCUUAGAUUGAAAAUUUAGAUGCCGCUAGUUCAGAUCCUAGAAGGGGAUAAAAGGGGUAAGUGGUUAGAGCAACCUUUGUAUCUGCAUCGUCAUCUAUAAUCUAUAUCACCCUGUAACUAGUUCUAACUAUAUCUUGUCGAGUGACCAAGAAAUCUGACUUUUAAUAAAAAUAAUUUAAUUGUCCA